GUAUUAUAGAGAAGUAAGAUUCCAAUUUGCAAGCUCAUCUUGGUUCCAAUUCCUUUGCAAAUAUAAUAACCAUAGUUGUUACCACAGCUUGGCUCACAAUUCAAUGGAGAAACCUCACAUAGCAGUAGUUCCCAGUGCGGGCUUCACCCAUCUGGUCCCAAUUCUCGAGUUCUCCAAACGACUUCUUCAUCUCCACCCAGAAUUUCACAUCACAUGCUUCAUUCCCUCAGUUGGAUCAACCCCACCUUCCUCCAAAGCUUACCUUCAAAGCCUUCCACCAACCAUAACUUCCAUUUUCCUUCCCCCCAUAACCCUUGACCAUUUGCCAGAUACCACUACCCUUGCACUCCAAAUUGAAUCCUCGGUGGAUCUCUCUCUACCCCACAUAAGGCAUGAAUUGAAGUCCCUAUGUUCAAGAGCCAAGGUUGUAGCUUUGGUUGUGGAUGUUUUUGCAAAUGGAGCAUUGGAGAUAGGUAGGGAACUCAACCUCUUUUCUUACAUGUACCUCCCACAAUCUGCUAUGAUGCUUUCUUUGUACUUCUACACAUCAAAACUAGAUGAGAUACUUUUUUCUGAGUCUAGAGACCCACAAGAGCCUAUAAAGAUUCCUGGUUGUGUUCCUAUUCCUAGCAGAGAUCUCCCUAUCACUUUUCAACAUCUAUCUAGCAUAGGUUACAAGGGGUUUCUUGAGCGUGCCAAAAGAUUUGAUGUUGCUGAUGGUAUCUUUAUGAAUACCUUCUUAGAAUUGGAAUCAGAGGCAAUAAGAACUUUGCAAGAAGAGGACAAAGGGAAGCCUAAGGUGUAUCCUGUUGGACCCAUUAUUCAGAUGGGGUCAAUUGGUCAUGAAGAUGGGGUGGCGUGUUUAACAUGGUUGGAUAAGCAAGAACCAAAAUCUGUUUUGUAUGUGUCCUUUGGAAGUGGUGGCACACUUUCUCAAGACCAAGUCAAUGAACUAGCCUUUGGGUUGGAAAUGAGUGGUCAAAAAUUUCUUUGGGUUAUGAGAGCCCCUAGCAGUGUGGCAAGUUCUGCUUACCUUGGUGCUGAAGCUAAUGAUCCUCUAAACUUUUUGCCCCAUGGUUUCUUGGAGAGAACCAAGAAGCAAGGGUUGGUUGUGCCUAAUUGGGCCCCUCAGAUUGAAGUUCUUGGUCAUGGUUCAACUGGGGGGUUCGUAUCUCACUGUGGUUGGAACUCGGUGCUUGAAAGUGUUGUGAAGGGGGUGCCAGUGAUAGCAUGGCCACUCUUUGCUGAGCAGAGCCUUAAUGCAGUGAUGCUAACUGAUGAUGUGAAUGUGGCACUAAGACCAAAAGUUAAUGAAAGUGGAUUGGUUGAAAGAGAAGAAAUUGCUAGAGUUGUAAGAGGGUUGAUGGAAGAUAAUGAAGGCAUGGAGAUUCGGAAGAGAAUGGAACAAUUGAAGAUUGCUGCUUCUAAUGCAAUAAAAGAAGAUGGUUCAUCUACAAAGACUCUGUCAGAGGUGGCCACGAGUUUAAGAGGCUUCAAUCUUCAAAUUUAGAAUAGCCCACACCUCCUUUAGGAAUGAUCUUCUAGAGUUAGAGUUGGUAUGGGGUGGAUUUAAUAAUUAUUUUUAUUUUAUCUUUUUAAUAUGAGUAAUCUUUUUCAUUGAAGGUUGUAGACUUUAUAAGAGAAACUCCUUUUAGUAGGUAUUUUCCUUCA